GAUACAUGUUAUCUCUAAAAAAAAUUUGUGUCUAAAUUAAAAUAAAUUUGAGUAUGGCACAUGAAAAUGAAACACAAAAUGGUGAAGUGAUAUAUUUUAAAGUAAAAAAUGAAGAAAGUGAUGAAUUAGAAGAUGUAUUCCAUGCAGAAGUAAUCAUUAAAGAGGAACCAAUUAAUAGUGAAUGGUCUGUAGUCGAUGACAAGGAUGAUAAAAAUAAUUCAAUCGAACACCAAUGUACAAUUUGUCAAGAAAUAUUUUUUAAUAAUAUAAACGAUGAUAUACCACAAAUAUGUCCAAUAUGUACUGCAAAAGAUUCUUCAACGUCAGAUAUUACAACAAACACUAAAUGUUCGAUAUGUAACGAAAAAUUUUCUACAAAAAGAGCCUUAACCAAACAUAAACGUACACAUGUUUGUAAUGAAAAAGAGACAUUUCAACAUCAAUGUUCAAACUGUCAUGAAAUAUUUAUUAAAAAUGAUGUUUCACACAAAUGUAAAAAAUGUACAGAUGAAAAUAUCGAAUUAAUACUUACGUGUUCAAUAUGUAAUCAAAAUUUUACAGAGAAGUGGGCCUUAACAAAACAUCAACGUAUACAUUCCAAAGACAAUUCUGCAAUCAAACAUCAAUGUACAAAUUGUCAUGAAAUAUUUGUUAAUGAUAUAAAGGACGAUAGUUCGCAAGAAUGUCCAAAAUGUACAACAGAAGAAGAUAUUACAAAAUUAUCAUUUCCAUGUUCAACAUGUAAUAAAACGUAUCCAACAAAAGCGGCCUUAAAAAAACAUCAACGUGUACACACUGGAAAUUUUUUCACAUGUCAAAUAUGUGGAAAAGCUUUAAAACAUAAAUAUCAUUUAAUAGUGCAUGAAAAAAUUCAUUCUGGUGAAAAACCAUUUCAGUGUAAUUUGUGUGGUAAAACAUUUUUACGUCGAUCGUGUUUAAAUAGUCAUUUACGAUCACAUUCUGGUGAAAAACCAUUUAUUUGUCAAAUCUGUGGUAAUAAAUUUGUUAGUUUACGCAAUUUAAAUAUACAUAAACGUAUUCACACACAAGAGCGACCAUAUAAAUGUGAUUUUUGUGAACGUACUUUCACUUACAAAUCAACCAUGAUGGAUCAUAUGAAAACUCAUACAUCGACGGAAAAACCAUUUACAUGUAUGAUCUGUGCACGAUCAUUUCGUAAACAUAGUAAUUUAGUGUCACAUGAAAAGUUACAUAGUGGUGAAAGACCGUUUCAAUGUGAAAUAUGUAGUAAAACUUUUUCACGGAAAACAACAUUACGUAUUCAUGAAACAUGUCAUACGGGUGAAAAACCGUAUAAAUGUAGUGGAUGUGAUAAAACUUUUACACAACGUAACAUCAUGUAUGAACAUGAGAAAAGUCAUACGGGUGAAAAACCUUAUAAAUGCGGUCAAUGUGAUAAGACGUUUAUUUAUCAAAAGAGUUUAAAUCGACAUGAGAUUACACACAGUGGGAAAAAACCAUUCAAAUGUAAAUAUUGUGCGAAAUUAUUUGCACGCAAAUAUGAUUUAUCCAGACAUGAAAAAAUUCAUGAAGAUGGACCCAGUAUCGCUACAUCCAAUAAUUAUCCAUCGAUAAUACAUCAUCAAUCAAUUAGUUCAAAUAAUAAUGAGCUUGAAAAAGUGAUUGUAAAAUAUGAAACGUCUUGCGUUCAUCAUUUAUAGUGUUGCUAAUUUAUAAUUUAUCAUUUAAAUUCAUCAAAUUCAACCAAUAUCUAAAAAGAAAAUAGUGUUGCCUAUUUAAAACUUUCUACAGUUGUUUAUUGGGUUUUAAAAACUUCGUUCUUGAAAAUCGGCCACUCACGAGGGUGCUAACCCCCUCAGUUUUUUACAAAUUACAAAAAAACUAGGCAUCAAAUAAAA